AUGACGUUUCCAUUUAUUACAUUCCGUCAGAAUCCUGUCGCUAGGAACCCCAAGAAAGCCAGUGUCAGAGAGGGACACACCAAGCGGAACCAACCACGAAAAUGCGAAGCCGCGCGAACCGCAGCAAUCAACUUUCACCCGCAAUCCCAACAACUCGAUCCGAUCAGUCUUCAUCGGAAAAUGCCGCCUCGUCACAUAAACUUUGCAGAGCAGCGAAGCAUAUUUUCACCAAGAACUACAGUACGCAACUACACGUUUGAUUCAAUUGCCAGCAACAUGAUGAAUGAUUCAACCAUAUAUCAUCGUCACGAAGUGCGUCGGGCCCGCACUUUGGCUUUGAGAGACGACCCUCGCCCCGCACCAAUUCGGGUUCUCUCGGGCCUUCCAGGUAUUCGCGUAUUCGUUCCACCAUACCAGCCAGAAACGAAACCAAACGUGCUACGGCAAUCAUCGAAGGAUGUCACGUUUUUGAAAGAAGCCGCUUUAUUCGCGACUGACGCUACACUGCAGCAACCGAAUGCGACCGUGGCGAACGCCCAAUUAUACGAUGGAGCUAUUGGUAAUGUGCUCUCUGUAGCUCUGGCUGGAGCUGUGGGAGGAGCUGUCGCAGAAUCGUUUCGAGGACUGCGAGCUACUAACGAAUCUCCUUUUGCGAAUGCGCGAUAUCACACUCAAGUCAUACCUGUCUUUCAGGAAGGUAACUCGUCCUUAGCCUUUUUCCGCGCUCAGCAACGAGGCACUUUACUGGCGGAAUACUGGGUCGGUAAAACCAUUGCUCCAAAUACACUGAUCCUUCGAUACGGCAUGAGCACGGGAGCGCUAUUUGCUUUAAAAGCUGUCAUGGAACAUACACUAGGGGGGAACAGUGCAACCGGAGGAAUGUCCUAUGUUUCUCUUGCGUCUUCCGGUGUUGCUGGUGCUGCUUUGGGCGUCGUACGCCAUGGAGGUCGAAUGAAUCCGAGCAUGCUGGGACGCGAAGCAGGUGCAGCUGCGGUAUAUUUUACAACUUACGAAGGGGUGAAGUCUCUGAUUUCGAAUAGAAACGACGAAACAGCAAGUCAUCUAGUAGUCGCAACUGCUGGAGGUUUGGCUGGAAUAUUCUACGAAGGACUGCUGACAGUGACGAAUACCGCCUUUUUUAAGAAUCAGUCGGUAUCUCGAAUGGCCAUCAUGGCCACUCCUUUCAAUGCUGCGAGUAGCACUACCAUGCGUGCUCCGAUCUCGCGUCUAUGGCGCGCGGCUCCUGCACACGCACUCCUUUUUCUCGGCUACGAAGCAACUCUGCACCUAGUCGGAAAUUAUCAUUGA